AUGUCGGGCCCAAGUAUUCGUGAUCAGUGGAACAACUGGUCUGCAUCGCGUUCCAAUAAUUCGGACCAUGCCUCUUCAACGAUGUUCAGUUCUUGGAAGGACUCACUCUCAGAAUCCGCUAAUCAGCUAUAUACCCGUCUUCCAAUUUAUGAGCGAGAAGAGCUGACCCCUGAACCUUCGUGGUUUAACUUAUCACGUCUUGAAAGACUCGUAGCGUUUGGGAGUUGCAUUCUCGCAGGAGCGUUCUUCUUUGGUACCUCGUUUGUGCUAUUCCCGGUACUUGCGAUCCAACCAAGAAAGUUUGCGUUGCUCUGGACUUUGGGGUCGAUCUGCUUUGUGGCAGCGUUCGCGGUGCUCAAUGGACCAAUUGCCUACUUCCGUCAUAUGGUAUCGAAAGAACGGGUUGCGUUUUCGGGAUUCUUCCUCGUCACGGUAUUGUCAACCUUAUAUUUUGCAGUGAUUGUCAAGAGCACCAUCUUGACGGUGAUCUCCGGGGUGGCGGAAAUGGUGGCGGUGGUUUAUUAUACCAUCAGUUAUUUCCCAUUUGGGGCUCAGACGUUGGGGAUGUUGACUUCCGCUGGUGGGAGACAAGCGAUAUCAAUGAUAGGAUUUUGA